UUACUCGUUCAAGUUCAAGAGUUCUGUGGGUUGUUGCACACACAGGUUUGCCUCAAGAUGAUCAGGCUAGCCCAUCUGAUUUACCUUACGGCCCUCGUUCUACAAUGUGAUGCUCAGGGUCUCCAAACGUGUCUUACUUCCCCUUCCUACAAACUGGCAGAAAAUGCCGAUAUGACAGUGACAUGUGGAACCAAUCAAAUGUAUUUAAAAGUUCUGCUGUGUCCAAUUUACUUCGGAGGAUACAAUGAAUCUCUAAUGGCCCUCAAUGCUAAAUUUAACAUCCCAGCCUGCCUCGGGACAGCAGACUGGACUGCCAGUCCUCCUGUGUUGCAAUUCAACUUCUCAAUCUCUCAGGAAACACUGUCCCUUUGUGGCAACAAUAUGAACAUCACAAAUCAAGUGGGCACAGGAGUAUUCUCAGACUUCUCCCAAAUCCAGUCUGUUAAUAUCUCUGGAUUAAUCAAUUCCUGGGAUCUCAGUAGCAGCACUAUCACUUACCGGCAACAACUGACAUACCAGUUUUCAUGUGCGUAUCCACUGCAGUAUGUAGUCAACAACACUCAGAUUGCCGUGUCAGGAGUGAGUCUUGCUAUUAAAGACAACAAUGGAACCUUCAUCAGUACUCUAAGCAUGAAUCUUUAUAGUGCUGCGGACUAUAGUACUAAACUCCAGAUACCAGUAACUGGGCUGCAGUUGAAAACUAAAAUAUUUGUUCAGGUUAAGGCAACAAAUCUCACAAACAAGUUCAAUGUGCUGCUGGACCGUUGCUACGCCACAACAAGCCCAUAUCCAUCCAGCAGCACCUCCUAUGACCUUUUAAUUGGGUGCCCUCGUGAUCCACAGACAAAGAUCGAUUUGAACGGGAUAUCCCAGGAAGCUCGCUUCUCCUUUGAGGCUUUCCGCUUUUUGGAACAUAGAAACCUGACUAUCUCCACUUUCUAUCUGCAUUGUGCUACCAGACUCUGUGAGAACUCAACUUGCGCCUCCUUGAUUCCGAGAUGUGUACAAAAGAGAGAGCUGCAAUCUCCAGUCAACUCGAGUGAUGCAGCCACUAUCUCCUCAGGACCAAUCAGAACCAGAGUUGACAAUGGUGUCCCUGUGACCUCUCAAACUACCUCAUCAGGAUCCACCUGUCAUGUGACAUCUGUUGGCAUAGCCACUGGCUUGUUGAGCUUCUUUCUACUGGACUGGGUGUCUGCAUGGUGAUACAGCAAGAUGCGGAAAUUCCUUUGGCUACCAUUUAAUUGAAAGCAGCAUGUCUUGACUUUGCAGAUCUCUGACUAUAUGAUGAGAAUGUACAAAAGUUAUGUGUCAGCCAUCAACAGCUCUAUUUCCCAAUUAAUACUGUUGAUAAUACGAAUCUUUUAGUUCUAUGAUCUUUAAAAAAGAAGCAUGUUCACAAAGUAGUGUUCACAACACCAACUUUUGCAACUGUUAUAUUUAAAGUUUAUGCAUGUAUUACAGUUCUUGGGAAUAAUUAUAUCAUUUUUAUCUUGGGGAUGUAAAUGUAACAAUUUCACAUUUAAACAUGAAUAAAAACGUG